AGGGACACCACAUGUUUGGCUGGCGCCAGCACAGCACACCACCAGUGUCAGUUCUUGUGCGCGCGCAGCAAAAUUGUCGAUGCAGAUGGGAUGCAUCUGCUUGGGGAAGACAAGAACAACUGCUGCAUCUCCAGCAGCAGCAUGCCUGUAGCGCCAGUGGCCGACCGGGAAGACGGAGAGUGACAUGACAGCGGCUCCGCGCCGGCCUCAGUGGCCCUGCAGCCGCUGUCGAAGUUCGGCUCCGUCUGCAUGAGCGGGCUCACGGAGCACGAGGUGCUUUUGGUCAAGAAGGGCUCGACGUACGGCGCCGCGACAACACGCAGUGUGGUGCCGCACCUGGUAGAGCUGUGGCGCGACAACUGCUCAGAGCUGCAGUUGGAGUCUUCCUGCGCCCUGAACAACACAGUAGCCUGCGCGUCGUAGACCAUUGCGUCGGUGGUCGCCUGUGGCGCUGCUGGGGGGUUGUCGAACGCGGACUGCCACGAUCAGAGCACGCGGGUCAUCUGCAAGUUUACCGGCGAGGGUACGGUAUGCUGUGACUGGGCACUGAAUCAUGGCGCCAUGGCUAGACUUUUCACGCCUCUGAUCAAUCAUCAACGACCGAUUCAGCUGCGACGCGACGGAACAUGGGUCUUGUCGAACUGGGGCCGUGGCAAGCUGUUGGAGCGUGUGGCAGGUCGCACUGCCAGUGUUGAUGUACUGCUCUACAACGCCAACGAUGAACUUGUCGCUAGCGCUGUAGGGAGGGGGGCAUCUCGUUAAUCAGCAGCGGGCAGGCGGGGCGUGUGCAGGCGGCGUGCAGCUGCAGUCUGCUACCACACCCUCAACGUUAGCCUACUAACGAUGCGUAUGGCCGGCAGCAUCGCCUCUGACGCGAACGAGCAGGCGCAGGUGAUGAUCAACUGCAGUGCAGUGCUGGCUAAUGCAGGCCUCUUACUCCACCCAAAAUGUGCACUGCGCACAGAGGCGUGCUGAACUAUCCCCAACAUUGCUGCCGGCCAGGUUCACUUCAUCAACGCCCUUGUGUGUAGGAGGGGGGGAAUGCACGUUUGCGUCGGGCUCCUGAACUCUCUUGACGCGCCAGAGCUCGACGUGAGGAAGGAGGCGGUGUGGCCAAUCGGAAACGUUGUCCUCUGCCGCUCGAUAAUGCAGGUGCACUGGCUCCCCAACCUCCGCAUAACGUCGCUGCUCUGCAAAGUUCUGCGUGCGUAUGACUCAGAGAUGGCACUGACCUUGCUCGAGGAGCUCCAGCGCUUCCUCUAGAUCGGUGAGGAUGAGAUACGGGUGAGUGUCACGGAGAACACUUUGGUCAACACACGUGAUGAAUUGAGGUGGGGCU